AUGGCUUAUACUCUUAGAAUUAAUGAUAAAAUUAUUAAAAAGCUGUGUGUUUCGAAAUUAAAGAUUCUUUACAAGUAGGUCAUUCCAAUAACUAUUCCAUAAAAAUAGCAGCAUAUAAACAAAACAGUAACAAUAUGGUAAGCUAUAGUGUCUUAUUACUUUUUGUACCUUAGAAUGUCUCUAAUAUUCAUAGGAAGGUUGCAAAACGUUGAGUAGUAAAGAAUUAAAGAGUUUUCGAUAAUAUUACUUUGA